AUGCUCAUCGUUUUCAGUGAAAUUACUCCCCCGCCUGUUGUAUCGGUUGCAGGCGAGAACGCCAUAAAGAAGAGAAAGGAAGACAUGGCUACGUUUAUGGAUGAUAGCUCCCGCGGAGGCGCGGCCGGAACGCUCUACGGCCGCGAAAAGGGGGACGACGGCAGAUCCCUCUCAUCGGAACACGGGGCUUCUAUGCGCCCCACCGACACCUCGGCGCAGUGGGUGGACCACGCUUUCGAGGAACCCCUUCAGGCAGAGGCAUCGACGUGCUCCAACUGUGAAGAGGCCAGAGAGCUUUCGUUGUUCUUCUACGGUGGGGGGACGCGCAGAGUGAUGGUACUGGACCACAUGGUUGGCAAACACAGAUGCAACAAGCACGCCAACAAACCCCGUGGCGUGUUCAAGCCUAGUGACGAGAAGGUGAAAACAAUCACCGAUGAUGGCCUCCUCAAGGCAGUCAGGAGGGAGGCGAAGGGGGUGGCCAAAAAGGCGUCGGGGGGAAAUUAG